AUGAAGGGUGCUUUGCGUUUUGCACUCUGUGCAUCAUUACUCCUAGUCUUCUCUUUGUACUUGUUGGAGGCACAUCUCAAAGAUAUCUGUAGCCAGUAUCGCGCCGGCGCAUACCUGGUUGAUUGGAUCAACCGAAAUGGAGCUGCUCGACUUGCGACAGUCGGCAAUGUCCCUGUACCAGGAGACAAGGUGAUUGUCAUGGCCAGGUUGCAAGAAGAGCCUACCGACUGGGUACAAGAGGAGCUACCAGACUGGCAGCGUGCUAUCUACAUAGUCAAUCCCUCUGAAGAUGCCCGCUCCAACCCCCAAAUUCUCACGACACCCUUGAAUAAAGGACACGAAUCUAUGGCCUACUUAACCUACGUAAUCGACCACUACGACACCCUCCCCUCAACAAUCGUCUUCCUCCACGCCCACCGCGCAGGAUUCCUCAUGGAAAACGGCUACGUCAAUCUCCGCUGCAAUUGGAACCCCGGCUGCAAGCAAAGCCACCGCUUCAAUCAACAUGUCACCGACCAGGUCUGGUGGGAUAUCUUUGAGGGAACGAGCACGCCGCCCUUGAACGCUUCGUCGCCCUAUGAACAGGAAUUUUCGGGCCAUCGGUAUAUGCGCAAACCCGAGCAGAUUGGCGCGGCGUGUUGUGCCCAGUUUGCGGUUUCGCGAGGCCAGGUGCUCAAGCGACCCCGGGAGGACUAUGUCAAGUUCCGGCAGUGGAUUAUCGAUACGGAAUUGAAUGAUGCCAUGUCUGGACGGGUGAUGGAGUUUUUGUGGCAUGUCAUUUUUGGCAUGGAGGCUGUUUAUUGUCCUGAUGAGCAGCUUUGCUAUUGUCAGGUUUAUGGGAAAUGCUGA